ACAUAUGUUUAUAUUGUAAAUGAAGUAAUUUUUUAUUAAAAGGUCUUGCCCUUAUAUUUUAUAAACGUUAAAAAUGUACGGGGAGGAAAAAAUGGAAAGUUCAGACAGCGAUUUUGAGGAUCCGGACAAACUGGAAGUGCCAGGAGGAGGAAGAGAUCUGGCCGCUUUGUCAACAGCAAGAAAGAGCGCUGUCACGUUCCAAUCGACAAACAGCCAUUUGCCUAAAAGAUAUGAUAAUCUUUUUGAAGACUUUGUAAUGAGAGGUAAGAAUAGUUCGACGAUUUUGGACAAUAUUCAGUUCUUAAAAAGCCAUAACGGCAUUUACACCGAUUUAUUGGGAUCGAGAUCUUCAGGUAUGGGUGGCCCUUAUGGUUUACAAUUCGAAGGAAGCCAGAUGCAAAAGAGUUUCCCUUGGAAAGACAGUCUAUCAACAGAGCAGAUAAAACACAAUUUAACAAACGUCGAGGAAACCACAGAAGACGAAGGAAUGGGUGUUGCAGAAACAUAUGCAGAUUAUAUGCCAUCAAAAUUAAAUUUUGGCCGGAAGCACCCAGAUCCAGUUGUAGAAUCCACUUCUCUUUCAAGUGUAGAACCGGUAGACGUCUGGUACAAGCUGAAAAUUCCAGAGAGUGUUAUUUCCUCCGGCAGUCUUUCCGCUCUCCAGUUAGAGUCCAUUACUUAUGCCUGUCAGCAGCAUGAGUUACUACUUCCUAAUGGUGCCAGGGGGGGCUUUUUAAUUGGAGACGGUGCUGGAGUAGGCAAAGGAAGGACCAUUGCAGGAAUAAUCUAUGAAAAUUAUCUUCGGUCAAGGAAAAAAUCAAUUUGGAUUUCAAUUAUGAAUGACUUGAAAUAUGACUCUGAGCGAGACCUUUCUGAUAUUGGAGCAGACAACAUCAAAGUAUUCCAUCUUAACAAAUGCAAAUACACUAAGCUUAAUUCUGAAGAAAAUGGCUUAAUAAAAAAGGGGGUUAUAUUUUGCACUUAUAGUGCUCUUAUAGCUAAGACCACAACACAGGAUUGUGAAUUUGAAAACAGGUUCGAUCAGAUAGUAGACUGGUGCGGUCCUAAUUUCGAUGGGGUCAUAAUCUUUGAUGAAUGCCAUAGGGCAAAAAACCUUUGUCCAGGUGGCUCUGGCAAACCAACAAAAACUGGUCUCACUGUAUUGGAAUUACAGAAAAGACUGCCAAAGGCAAGGGUUGUCUAUGCUUCUGCUACUGGUGCAAGCGAACCGAGAAAUAUGGCCUACAUGGUUCGUUUGGGAAUGUGGGGUCAGGGUACAGCUUAUGCAGAUUUCAACCAUUUUCUCAACACAGUGCAAAAACGGGGUGUCGGAGCUAUGGAAAUAGUUGCUAUGGACAUGAAGCUGCGAGGUCUAUACAUUGCUCGGCAGCUUAGUUUUCAUGGUGUUGUUUUUAAAAUAGUAGAAAUCCCUAUUGAUCCAGCAUUCAUUAAAAUUUAUGAUGAAGCGGUUGAACUCUGGGUUGAAGUUUUUAAAGGGUUCCGACAUGCUGCAAGCCUCUUCGAUGCAGACAAAUCUGUGUGUGUAGCUAUGUGGAGUCAGUUCUGGUCAGCACAUCAGAGGUUUUUCAAAUACAUGUGCAUAUCGGCUAAAGUAAAACAUGCUGUCAAUAUUUCUCGAGAAGCUAUAAAAUGUGGUAAAUGUGUUGUUAUAGGUCUGCAAUCAACUGGUGAAGCCCGGACCCUCAACCAACUGGAAAAAGAUGACGGAGAACUGACAGACUUUGUUUCCACUGCACGUGGAGUUUUAAGAACCCUUGUCGAGAAACAUUUUCCUGCCCCAGACAGAAAUUCUGUUAAAAGAAUUAUAGGAAAUGACAUUGCCAAAACAGAAAUAUCUCGCUCUAAGAGAAAAAAGAGAAGAAAACAAAGCCCAGAUUUACUAAAUCUAAAAACUUCAGACAAUUUUGAUAGCUUAAGUGAGGAGGAAGUCGAUGAUAAAAACUAUGACGAUAAAUGUCGAACAAGUGGUGUGAAAACAGAUGAUUUUAGUUUGUCAGGAGACAAUUUGAUCCAAACAACAGUGUUUCAGAAAAAACAACUACUUGCCAAAAUAGAUAUUUUAGGGAAAAAACUACCUCCAAAUACUUUAGAUGAACUAAUAGAUGAAUUAGGUGGACCUGAAAAUGUGGCUGAGAUGACUGGUCGAAAGGGAAGGGUUGUCCAUAAUGAUGGCAGCUACAAAUAUGAAACAAGAUCAGAAGUAGAUAUACCAUUAGAAGUUUUGAACCUAAGGGAAAAGAAAAGAUUUAUGGAUGGUAGUAAAGAUGUGGCAAUUAUUUCUGAAGCGGCCAGUUCAGGUAUAUCAUUGCAUAGUGACCGUAGAGCUCUAAAUAGAAAAAGAAGGGUUCAUCUUACAUUAGAGCUUCCAUGGAGUGCUGACAGAGCGAUACAACAGUUUGGUAGAACACAUAGGAGCAACCAAACAAACGCCCCAGAAUAUGUAUUGCUUAUUUCAAAUCUUGGCGGGGAAAGACGAUUUGCUUCAAUUGUUGCAAAACGGCUUGAAAGCCUUGGUGCUCUGACACAGGGUGACAGAAGAGCAACAGAGGCAAGAGAUAUGUCAAAAUUUAACAUAGAUAACAAUUAUGGAAGAAUGGCUGUGGAAUUGACCCUUAAGACUCUUGUUGGGCAAGAGAAUCCUUUAGUCCCUCCUCCAACAAGCUAUGAAGGAGAUUUUUUCAAAGACGCCAUUAAAGGACUAAUAGGGGUUGGCCUAGUUCUACAGUCUGAAAAUAAUCCAGAAAGUCUGCAGCUGGACCAUGAUCGAAAAUGCCUCGGCAGAUUUUUGAAUAGAAUUCUAGGUCUACCUGUCAACUUACAAAAUGCUCUUUUUGAAUAUUUUACUAACACUAUGGAAGCUAUUAUAGAAUCUGCAAAAAAAUCAGGUCAUUUUGAUUUAGGCAUUCUUGAUGUUGCUGCACAAGAUGAAAACACUAAAAGACUAGCUGUUUAUAAAUUCUUUAGAAAACAGUUGACCGGGAUGACAGUAACAGAACUUCAUAAGGUGAGAGUAGAAAGAGGGAUGACUUGGGCAGAAGCUGUUUCUCUCUGGACUGAAUUAAAGACAGUGCAUGAGGGAUUUUAUCUUUCAUCACAAGUACGAAAUGGCAAUAAUGAGGUUAUUCUUGUACAACUAGAGAAUGGAAUUUCAAGUAUUAAAAAAAGCUUUGUGAAAGAACAAGAGUCAUAUUGCAUUCAUAGGCCAAAUGUUGGUUUGCAACUUAAGCGAGAGAAUCUCAAAUUUAUACUUAAAAAAUUCAAAAAGAUCGGUUUGGAAGAAGCAGAACAUCAUUGGAAAAGUCAUUAUAGUGCAUCGUCGAGCAUAUGUUCACACAGUUACUGGACCGGGAUCUGCAAGAAAAGUUGUUUUGAAGGCGAAUGUGAUGUUGGCCUGCGACAUAGGACUUACAAUAUACUUUCUGGUUCUGUAUUAAGUCUGUGGAAUUCAAUUGAAAAUAUUGUUUCUACGAGCAGUGGUAGUGCAAGAUUGCAAGUUGUCAGAGUUAAAACAAGUGAAGGCGACAAAAUUGUAGGAACUCUCAUUCCAUCUAAUUCAUUUCAGAAACUUUAUGAUGAACUCACAGCAGUAUCAGAACGGGUGGAAAAACAAGUAUUUUCAUAGCAAAAUAGUUUGCUCUUUUAAA